CAGAAAGAGAGUCUAACUGUUCCUCUCUCAUCAUCCCCAUGGAAUUGAAAAUUCCACAAACCCCUCUUCUUUGACCUUUCUUCAGUUAGAAAAUUUGGUAUUUGAAGAAAUGGGUUUUGUCUUUGCUACCAAAUUUGCCCAUUCAAUACAACAAACCCUCUCCAAAUUCCUUCUUCAUCUGUUUCCUCCAUGGCUCAAUCUCCAUUUCCAUGGAGGUCCUUCUCUUCUUCUUCUUCUUCUUCUGGAAACUGGUUUCGAGGCCUUUUCUUCAUCCCCACUUGUUUAGCUCUUAAUACUUUCCUCUUCAUCCUCUUCUACAUCUCUUCCACUUCCACUCCUAAUCCCUUCCCUUCCCAAAUCCCCACUCAUUUCGCCGAUUCCUCUCCUCGCCUCGUUUCUUCUCUCAAUUUUUCCAUUACAACUCUUCGGGUUUCUCAGAAGGUCAGUUUACAGGACGGCAAUGGCAGCCCCCCUCUGCCUCAGACUCAGACUCAGACUCAGACUCUACCUUCUUCUCCUCUUCCCUCAUUUGGAAGGGGAAGUCAUGAAAAAGCCGAGGGAGUGUUCCAUGAUGAAGAGUUAUUUCUUGAAGACUACAAAGAAAUGAACAAGAGCUUCAAGAUCUACGUUUAUCCUCACAAACGAAGUGAUCCCUUUGCCCGUUCUUUGUUGCCAGAGGACUUUGAACCCCACGGCAACUAUGCCAGUGAGAGUUACUUCAAGAAAUCUCUCAUCAAAAGCCAUUUCAUCACAAAUGAUCCUAAAGAGGCUGACUUCUUCUUCUUGCCAUUCUCGAUCACUGGCCUCCGCAAUGAUCGUCGGGUUAGUGUUAGCGGUAUCCCCAACUUCAUUCGAGAUUACAUCUUUGAUGUUAGCCACAAGUAUCCUUAUUGGAAUCGAACCGGUGGGGCAGAUCAUUUCUACGUUGCGUGCCAUUCGGUUGGACGAUCCGCCAUGGAUAAAUCGAGUGAAGCUAAGUCAAGCAUUAUCCAAGUUGUUUGCUCUUCUAGCUACUUCUUAACAGGCUACAUUUCUCAUAAGGAUGCGGCUCUGCCCCAGAUCUGGCCUAGGAAAGAAGACCCCCCAAAUCUUGCUUCUUCAAAGAGGACGAGGCUGGCGUUUUUCGCAGGAGCUAUGAACUCACCGACACGUCAAGAGCUCAUUAGAGUGUGGGGUAAGGACUUAGAGAUCUUUGCACAUUCGGGUCGUCUUAAGACACCUUAUGCUGAUGAACUACUCAAGAGCAAGUUUUGCCUUCAUGUCAAAGGCUUUGAAGUAAACACAGCGCGAGUUGGAGAUUCGAUCUUUUAUGGAUGUGUUCCUGUGAUCAUUGCCAACUACUAUGAUCUCCCGUUUGGUGAUAUCUUGAAUUGGAAGAACUUCUCGAUCGUCGUAACGACAUCAGAUAUCCCGAGGCUGAAGGAAAUCCUCAAGGGAAUCAAUGAUAAGGAAUAUGCAAUACUGCAAAGCAAUGUGUUGAAAGUGCGUAAACACUUCAAAUGGCAUUCUUCACCGGUUGAUUACGAUACUUUUCACAUGGUUAUGUACCAAUUAUGGCUUCGGAGAACGUCAGUUCGACUUCCAUUAAUGAACUAGUGAUGAUGAACGAUCUUCUCCAAGAUGAAUGAGAUUCUUUUGCUCUACCUUGGAACUCUUGCCAUUUAAGUUUUGUAUAUACUUUUCCCCCCUACAUUUUUGUAGUUAUUGAAUCUAAACACUUGUAAUGUUGUGAUCAUUUUUAUUUUA